GGACACUCGAUUUUCUAUCGCGAGCCGACCGCACGAAGUCGCCGCACGAUAAACGGGCUCCUUCGCAAAGGCGAGGCGAACGCAUCCGCGCGCACCCAUCCCUGUGCGGGCAGCUACGCGAUGGACGCCACGGGCCGGCCCAGAAGCACUGCCUCCUUCGCGGUUGGCGCGCGGAUUUCGGCGCCGGUGCUCGCCGCCCUGCUGCUGUUGCUUCUCUCGAAAACCGCCGUGGACGCCGCGUCCUGCAAGGAUGAGCGAAACGAGGAUGUUGAGUGGUUCUUCAUGUACAAAAUGCCCAAGGAGGCGUCCCGGGCCGCCUCGGUGGCCUUCAACAAGGCGUCCACCUCACCGCGGGGCGGCGAGGAGUACUUCUACGUGGACGCGCGGACGCCGGCGUCCACGUCUCGGUGGCCGCGCUCCGAGCACUCCGUGGCCGAGGCCGCCGGGGCGCUGGCCAACACCCUGGCGCCCCUAUACGCGACCAACAAGUCCGCGCUGAACCUGGCCUACGCGACGUACAACGACCAGCCUCCGACUGGCACCGACGGCGCCCGGGUCGACAGCCAUGGCCACACGAAAGGCGUGAUCCUGUUCGACGAGCAGCAGGGCGUGUGGCUGGUCCACAGCGUGCCCGAGUUCCCCGGCUCCUUGCACAGCGGACGCUACGUGUUCCCCGACACCGGACGCGAGUACGGCCAGACGGCGCUGUGCGUCACGUUCCCGACCAGUCAGCUGGACACGAUAGCGACGCACCUCCGGCUCCAGCACCCGGACAUCUACGACAGCUACGCGCCGCAGAGCCUCCUCGCGGCGCACCCUCCGCUGGCGCUGCUGCUGCAGAAGAGCUUCAUCCGCACGCAGCCGUGGCUGCUCACCUCCAAGCUGACCACGCAGGGGAACGCCACGUUCGUCAGCUUCGCCAAGCACGCCCACUACGAACAGGACGUCUACGAGGCGGCCGUGGGCGUCGCCCUGCAGACGGACGUGCUGGCCUCGACGUGGCGCAACGGCCGUGGCGGCAAGCUGCCGCCGGCCUGCAACGGCGCCGGCGGCCCGCGGGUGCUGGACGUGCUGCAGAUGCGGUUCGACGAGGCGUCGAGCAACGCCUCGCUGGCCUUCGACAACACCGAGGACCACAGCAAGUGGGCCGUCUCCCUGCCGGGCAAGAAGUGGGCGCACGACAAGGAGCAGGCGCCGGAGAGGGCGGAGAACGACGACGCGGGCUACGUGUGCGUGGGCUCGCUCAACAGAAUGCAAUCUCAACUGCGAAGAGGCGGCGAAACCCUGUGCUUCCGCAACGCUAUGCUCCACGGUUUGCUUCUCAACAGCGUCGUCUCGCACGACACCUGUCCGCGGAACGCCGCGGCCGCCUGAUUCGCAGUGACCAAACUUUACGAGACAUCGUGCUGAAGAGGAAUAAAGCGUAUGACAAACUCG